AUUUACGAUCUUUAGUUUAGGGAGCGAGAAGGAACUGAACCACGUGACUAAAAGGGGCAGUCCAUCUUCUGCUUCAGAAAAAAAAAGCCAUUUUGUGUCGACUCUACUAGUACUAUUCAACCUAUAGCAAAAACACUCUUUAUUUUCCGGAUUUUCUUACGCGCAAACGGGAGUUUUUCCUGGAGAAACAGGUAAAGGUUACAAGAUAGAGGGUUCGUAAUAAUAGAUGAAAUGUGGGCAAAUACAGGAACGGAAAACGUGGCAAAUGACUUCAGAUCCGCCAAACUGGAUAAAAUGCACAGAACCACCCGGAUUAAAAUCACGGAGUUGAACCCGCAUCUCAUGUGUGCCCUGUGCGGAGGAUACUUCAUCGACGCCACGACCAUCGUGGAGUGUCUUCACUCGUUUUGUAAAACGUGCAUUGUCGGUUACCUGGAGACCAACAAAUACUGCCCGAUGUGCGACGUUCAACUGCACAAAACAAGACCGCUUCUCAGUAUCAGAGCCGAUAAAACCUUGCAGGACAUAGUGUACAAGCUUGUUCCAGGGCUUUUCAAAGAUGAGAUGAAGAGGAGGAGAGACUUCUAUGCAGCUAACCCCACAGCAGAUACUGCCAACGGUUCGAAUGAAGACCGAGGGGAAGUCCAGGAGGAAGAGAAGAGAAUCAUCACGGACGACGAGAUCAUCAGCCUGUCCAUAGAGUUUCAUGAAGGCAAAACAAAUGAAAAGAAGGUUGUGAUGGAAACACGAGAGGCAGAAAAAGAAAAGGCGAACAGCAAGCGAUUUCUGUGCUGCCCGGCUGCCAUGACAGUGAUGCACCUCUCCAAGUUCCUGCGCAGCAAGAUGGAUAUUCCCAGCAAUUACAGAAUCGAGGUAUUGUAUGAAGACGAGCCUUUGAAAGACUACUACACCCUUAUGGACAUUGCAUAUAUUUACACAUGGAGACGGAACGGCCCUCUUCCUCUCAAGUACAGAGUGCAGCCCACCUGCAAGAGGAUAAAGCUGUCCCAGCAGCAGCCGGCCAGCAACUCUGACGGCAUGAACACCAGCGGCAACUCGGAGAGCGACUCCGUCAGCGACAAAGCCAACAGCCCGGCCACCGUGCCCUCCACCUCCUCUCCUCUGCCCAGCCCCGGGGCGCACAGCAACCGGACCUCCCCCAGCCCCUCCGGAGCCACCCCCACGCCCCCCGCCAGCAGCUCCGCCCCUCCCACGCUCCUCAACGGAACCUCCAACUGCCGGCAGCUCUCUCCCUCGGCAGAGCACGGCCGCAAAGUGACUGUCAACGGGGUGGGAACAGAAACAACGUCGCCCCUAACCUAAAACUCCAUCGUCGCCAUCAACGACAACCAACCACAAAGAGAGGACCGAGGGACUGGACUCUGGAUAUUGUUCUGAUUUUAUUUUGUUGCCCCCAUUUCUUCUCCUCCACCUCCUUCUGCUUUUUUUUUAAAUUUAACGGCACUGUGAUAAAGAGCAGAAGAAACAUGCUGUGUUUUGUUGUUUUUUUUUGUAUUUCUUGGUAAGAGGAGGGUUGGUAGUGAUGACUUCUUUUUGUAAUUUUGCAUGCAGUCCAAUCCUCUGUAAUUUUAAAGGCUGCACAUCUAUCAUUGUUUUUUUUAAAUGCUGCAACCUAGUUUAAUUCCAGUUCAGAAGGUGUUGUAUCUCUUUUACACAUAUCCCCCCCCCACCCCCAACAGAUGCACAAAAACUUGAUUUUUUUUUUUUUUUUAGUGCUUAUGUACGUAAGCCGCCAAUUUUUUAUUUUUGUUUGAACAAUUGGGAGGUUUCCUUGUGCUGCGAUCUCAAUUCCUGGUGGAGGAAAAUUGAGCUGUUAAGGCAACACUUCUCAAUGGACAGUUCUAGUUUUGACACUAAUAACAGCAGUUUGAGCCAGUCCAGGCGGUGUGGAUAAUUACUCUCUUGCCCUGGAGAUCACAUGUAGCUCAUAGUGUGUAUGUAUGUAUGUAUGUAUGUAUGUAUAUAUAUUUUUUAAACAUCCGUUAUAUUUGUUGCCCCUGUGCAGUGGUAAUACCACGGUAACAAAUUGGUAAUAACCUUUCGUAACCUAUUACCUGAAUCCAGCUCACGUCAAACAUCAAUUUCUCUUCUGUUUCUGAAUAGUAGAAAACAAAACAAACAAACAAACAAAAAAAAAACAGUUUUUGGCAAUACUCUAGAAUUUAAUACAGUAUUUAAAGGGUACACGAGGACCUUUUUAUUUUAUGUUCCCAUGUGUUGCUAGAACUGUUUACGUAAGGUGUGCGUGUUUAUUUUAUUUUUACAUUUUGACCACUUUUUUUAAACUUUGAAAUUGCAUUCCCUGCCUCACGAUGGCUUCCCAUGUACCUGCAUGGCCCGCUCAGAACCACCCUUCUGCUAACUGACCUCUCAGAACUACAUUUCCCAUCAUGAUAUGGGAAAUGUAAUUCUGAGCGGGCCAUGCAAAUUUAAAAAGUAGUAAAAAAAAAAAAAAACAUUAAAACAA